AAAGUUAGCUUCAGUGACUUUGGAGUUUGAAGAUGCUAAGAAGCAGCUGGAGGCAGAGAGAGAAAACACAUCUAAAGAGAGAAAACGUGUAGAUACAGCAGUGGCGAAGGCUGCUGAUCAAAAGAAGAUUGCAGAAACGAACCGCAAGAUGGCCAUGGAUGAAAAGAGCCGUGCUACUGAUCUAUAUCGUCAGCUGGAACAGGAUAGACAAAAGAUUGAUAAUUUGAAGAAGGAGAUUGGUGAACUCAUGGCAUAUGGUAAAACGGUUAACAUCAUACCUCGUAAAGGGACGACUCUAGGAACUGGUCAAUUCUCACCUGAGCUUGGUCCAAAGGCAGUGGAGAGAGAUGCUACCAUGGUAGAUGUAAUUGUGAAUUCCGAUGCAGCCCAAAAAAGGCUCCAGGAAAUGGAACAAAAGGUGGCGAUUGAGAAAAACCGUGUUAAAUCAGAAAUGAAAAAAGUGGAAAAGCAAAGAAAGGCUGCAGAAGCAUAUAAAAAGAAGGCAUCAGAAGAAAAAAAUCGUGCUGAUCAGCUUUCUGAAGAGGUCAAAAAUUACAGAAAGAGGGUCGAAGAACUGCAGAAAGAAAUUGAAAAGCUAAGUUUUGCAAGGUAUUCUGUUGAUUGUCCUCUUCGUGCACAUGAUAGUAGUGUGCAUGUUGAAACUGCUAAAGUUAAGCUGUUGCAAAAGCAGUUGAAGCUUGAAAAGAUGCUGGUAAAGCAUGCUAAAAAAGUAGCUAAGUUCGAAAAAACCCGUAACUAUAUACUGCAGCAGAAUCUAGUUAGCUUAAAGCAGGAGCUUGUUCACUUCUCGAGACGUCUAAACAUACUGGACGGUUGCUUCUUUCAAGGUGAUGAGCAUGCCCUAGAAAAGGUUUGCAGCUUCAACUUGAAAAGCAAUUAUUCUAGUUUGGUAGCUUCUGACACGCACUGUCAUUUUGGAAAUGAUUCCGUGCAGUUAGCUGCUGUUGGGUCUGAUUUGUCCAAGCAAAAGAUAGAAUGUAAUGUACCUUCGCUUCCGAUAUCUGGAGGGAACAACCCUGUAUCAUUAUCAGGACAGAUGUGCUUCCAUCACAACAUCAGCUAAAUCAGCUGAAGAAAAAUUGGACGUAGAACUGACCAUAUCCAGUUUGC